AUGUUUACCCAGAAACCUUUAGCAUCUCAGAGCAUUCAGUCCCAAGUUAAUAGCCAAGGACAACCACUUCCUAAUCCCAUGGUGACUAAUCAGUCUCAAGCACGCCAGCAGAUAUUAUCCCAAAACAUUCAGAGUAACAUCACAUCAACUGGAGUGCAAGGUGCUGUUGGUUUAACAUCUGCACUACCACCCGUUGGCAAUUUAACUCAGAAUACGGUGCCGAAUGCAGUUGGCCAUAAUUCCAGUUUGCAGAACAUUCAAAACAUCUCAGGGGUUUCACAGUCCAAUAUUUUUUCCAAUUCUCAGCGACAGAUUCAGGGAAGGCAACAACAGGUUGUUCCCCAACAGCAACAGCAGCAGUCUCAGAAUUAUCUUUACCAGCAGCAGCAGCAGCUACAACAGCAGCUUAUGAAGCAGAAGCUCCAGCAGGGAAGUGUCCCACACCCCCUAAUGCAAUCUCACAUCCAGCAACAGCAACAGCAACAGCAACAGAACCUCCUGCAAUCAACUCAGUUGCAGUCUUCUCAGCAAUCUGUCAUGCAGCCUAAUAUGAUGCAAUCAGCUCCGCCCACUGGCCAUCAACAGAAUCAACAGUCUUCCAUUCAACAACCCACCCAAGCUGUGCUUCAGCAACACUCUCAAUCUGUCCUCAGACAACAGCAGCAGCCGCAGCAGGCUGCCAUUAUGCACCAACAGCCGACACAGAUGCAGCAACAGCAGCAUCUAGUGGGGCAGCAGCCCAAUGCUGCAAACAUGCAACAAAACCAGCUAAUUGGGCAACAAAACAGCAUUCCUGAUAUGCAGCAGCAGCAGCAACAGCAACAGCAACAGCAGCAACAGAGGUUGCUAAGCCAGCAGAAUAAUCUUCCAAACCUACAGCAGCAGCAGCUGCAGCAUCAGUUAAUGGGUCAACAAAACAACCUCACAAAUAUGCAUCAGCAGCAGUUGGGACCUCAAAGUAAUGUUUCUGGGCUCCAGCAGCAGCAGUUAAUUGGAACUCAGUCUGGUAAUUCUGGCAUGACGAGUAAUCAGCAAUCUGUACACAUGUCCAAGGUUCCAGUUCAGCAACAAACCCAGCAGAGCACACCAACUCUGCUACACACUCAAGGGCAGCAGUCACAAGCACAGCUGCAGCAGCAGAUGAUGCCACAGAUUCAAUCACAGCCAGGACAGUUGCAGCAGCAGUUAGGCUUGCAACAGCAACAAAGUACCCUACAACGAGAUAUGCAUCAAAGGCUUCAAACAUCUGGCCCCUUGCAUCAGCAGCAGAAUGUAAUGGAUCAACAGAAGCAGCUAUUCCACUCACAAAGAGCCAUUCCGGAGGCAUCAUCGACUUCUUUAGAUUCCACAGCUCAGACAGGGAAUGCAAGUGCCGGAGAUUGGCAGGAGGAGGUUUAUCAAAAGAUUAAGGCCAUGAAGGAGAGGUAUUUUCCAGAACUAGGUGAAAUGUACCAGAAAAUUGCUGUUAGAUUGCAGCAGCAUGAUUCUCUUCCUCAGCAACCAAAUAAUGAUCAAUUUGAGAAGCUCAAGAUAUUUAAGGCUAUGUUAGAGCGUCUUAUGGCAUUUUUAACAGCUUCAAAGAGCAGUAUUACACCUGCUGUGAGGGACAAGUUGGGAUCCUAUGAGAAGCAGAUAACUAGUUUUUUGAAUUCAAAUAGGCCCCGUAGGCCUGUUUCUUCAUUGCAGCAAGGGCAACAACUCCCCCCAGCUCAUAUGCAUUCAAUGCAGCAACCACAAGCACAGUCUCAAAAUACUCAAUUACAGCCUCAUGAAAAUCCAAUGAACUCCCAGAUGCAAUCAAUGAACUUACAAGGUUCUGUCGCAACAAUUCAGCAGAACAACAUGACCAGCUUGCAACAAUUGGCUUCCGUACCUGGGGUUUCAAAUGCUCAGCAGAACAUGAUAAAUACGCUACAGCCUAGUUCCAAUUUGGAUCCAGGACAAGCUAAUGCACUGAAUUCGUUACAGCAGAUUGCUGUUGGAUCUCUACAACAAAAUCCGGUGAAUGGUGCACAACAGGUGAACAUGAAUUCCUUAUCAUCCCAAAGUGGGAUGACUACACUACAGGCUAACCUUAAUCCCCUUCAGUCGAAUUCAUCUGUGCUUCAGCACCAGCAGCUGAAACAGCAGGAGCAGCACAUGCUACAGACACAACAACAGCGCCGGCUGCAGCAGUUGAUGCAUAAUAAACAGCUAAUGCAACAGCAGCAGCAUCAACAACUGCAGCAGCAGCAGCAGCAGCAGCAGACAAAGCAACAGCAGCCUGCACAGUUGCAGACAAACCAGAUGCAACAGCUUCACCCGAUGACUGAUGUUAAUGACUUGAAGAUGAGACAGCAGAUGGGCGUUAAAUCAGGAGUUCCGCAGCAACAUCAUUCAGCCAGCCAGCGCUUAGCUUAUCAGCACCAACAAUUGAAGUCAGGAACUCAAUUUCCUAUUUCUUCACCACAACUCCUUCCGGUUGCAUCACCUCAAAUACCCCAACAUCCUUCUCCGCAAAUCGACCAGCAAAAUCUGCUUACAUCUCUUACUAAAGCUGGAACCCCUUUGCAAUCUGCAAACUCACCCUUUGUUGUCCCAUCUCCUUCAACUCCAUUAGCUCCAUCCCCGAUGCUAGGGGAGUCUGAGAAAGUGACCUCUGGUGUUUCUGCACUGUCUAAUACUGGAAAUAUUGGACAUCAACAAACAGCUGGCGCACUUGCACCAGCCCAAUCCCUUGCCAUCGGCACUCCUGGAAUAUCGGCCUCACCUUUGCUUGCAGAGUUCACUAGUCCAGAUGGCAAUCAUGGUAAUUCGAUGACGGCUGUUUCUGGCAAGUCAAGCAUUACAGAGCAGCCUCUUGAACGCUUAAUCAAAGCUGUAAAGUCAAUGUCACCUAAAGCAUUGAGUGCCUCAGUGAGUGACAUUAGCUCAGUUGUCAGUAUGAUCGAUAGGAUAGCAGGAUCAGCACCUGGUAAUGGAUCCAGAGCUGCUGUUGGUGAGGAUUUGGUAGCCAUGACAAAGUGUCGUCUACAGGCAAGGAACUUUAUCGCACAAGAAGGGACGACCGGAACAAGGAAGAUGAAGCGCUGUACAAGUGCAAUGCCUUUAAAUGUUGUGUCAUCUGCUGAUAGUUUUAAACAGUUGACUAGUUCCGAAGCAUCUGACCUGGAGUCAACAGCGACAUCUAUUAUUAAGAGGCCCAGAACUGAGGUAUUAUUUCUUCUAUUUGAUUUCCUUCUGAAAGUAUCGAAACUAUUAAAUGUGGGCUUUAUUUGCAUGUGAAAACUCUAAUAAAGAACUUUUUCUGGAUUUCUUAAAGAUCCCGAGACCUAUUUGCUAAUCCAAUGCUUUAGGUGGAAUUUUUUUGGGUUUUUUUCCUAAGUCGAGCAACUUUGUUACUCAACUAUUAAAAAUGUGAGAUCCUAUCCACACUCUGUUGUGCCUUAUAUUGUGUAGUUGAUAUUUAAUUUAACCAUAACCCCAAAAAUUCCAGUGAGAUCCUAUACAUGUUUGGUUGUAGUAAGACAUGUCAGAUGAUAAGAAGGAAAGCCUAGUCUAGUGCAAAAUGCUCCUGUAAUUGCAGGGUCUUACCUUACCUCCAGAUGCAGAGAAUCUAUUUCAAUGGCUUAAAAUUCGUUAUGCUUACAUUGCGAGAAAACAACCUUAUUGUUGCUCAAAGGGCCUAAUGUUUAUCGUAAUUAUUAUUCUCAUUAUUUUUGUAUCACAUCAAUAUCAUAACUCGUUCCAAACUAAUGAGUUUUGUGGAUCUUUCCUUUGAAUGCCAAGUGGUUUUUAAGUUAGAAGUUUAACGUAGUAUUAGAGCAAGGUCUUGUGUGGUAGUGGGCCAAGUCUCUCGCGUAUUUCAAUUACCGGGUUUGUUUGUUUAUCUCGUUUGAACUGUUUUGUCAGUUUAUUUAUGAGCUAGAGUCGUCUGUGAGGGAGGUUGUGAGGAGAAUUUGUAUCACACAACAUAAUAUUAGGGUCACCCUUGGUUGGUUAUAUGGUUGCGGGUCUUUUCGUCUAUUGUCAUUUGUUUUUGAGUUUUUGCAUGCUAACAGAGCUGGGCUUUUUGGGAGGUUUUGGUCAAUACGCCCCGUUUCAAAUGUCAUUGAUUAGGUAUUUGGUUUCCUUUUAUCUGUGUCAUAGGUGUGCUUUGUUUUAUCUUUGAUCUUGUCUUCUAGAUCUUCAAUCUAGCUCUUCAUGUGCGACGGAGAAUUAGUACUUGUCUUAUAUCAUCUUAAUGAUACCUCUAAAAGUAGUAUA